ACUUGAGAAGACCAGGAAGCCUCGUCGUCUACAAAAACCUCCUUGCUGAACAUUAUUGUCCCAUCGCUGUAUGUGUACGGGUCUGACAGGCUGCCUCUCCCAACUACACUACACGAUCCGAGUUACAGAGGAGGCUUUCGACUCAAGCCUCCAUCCGCCAUUUUCAGCAGAUUGAAAGCAGUCCUCGUGGUGACACUCUGUCAAGACUUGGUGCUCACUGUCUUGUGGAAACCUGAACAGAUCAUGGCUAUUCGUGAGGGGACAGUAGAAACUCUGGAUGAAAUUCCAGCUCAUAUGUGGAGGGGUUUGCCUGACUGUUUGAGUCUUAGACCUUCUGUUAUAAAUCAAAGCCGGGUCGGUGUCUGGGCCACCCGGGUCAUUCCAAAAGGCAAGAGGUUCGGCCCAUUUGUUGGAGAGAAGAAAAAAAGGUCCCAGGUGACGAGUAAUGUUUACAUGUGGGAGGUUUAUUUCCCAGCGCGGGGCUGGAUGUGUGUUGAUGCCACAGACCCCAUGAAGGGGAACUGGCUGCGAUAUGUGAACUGGGCACGCUCCAGUGAAGAGCAGAAUCUUUUCCCCCUGGAGAUCAACAGGGCCAUUUACUACAAAGUUUUACGGCCUAUCGGGCCGGGAGAGGAGCUGCUGGUGUGGUACACUGUGGAAGACAACCCUGAGAUAACAGCUGCACUGGAGGAAGAAAGAGCCAGCAGUCUGAGCAGGAAAAAUUCACCCAGGGCGAAGCGAGCCAGAAGAAAGCUACUGGAGAGAGCCAGACAGUCUGGUUUGGGUGGAUUCAAGAAAACGAGUUUAACCAAACCUACUCUCAAGGAGAUGUGGGAUGGGAAAGACGGCCUGAAGGAGGAGGAUGAGAGGCCAUCAAUCGUAGGGCCCUCGCAGGAACUCCAGGAAACCCAUCCCAGGGCAAGCCAUGACCUUAGACAUGUGGAGGACAUGUCAGCAGGGAUGACGGACAGGGGAAAUGUGGAAGAGGAAGAAGAAGAAGAAGAAGACGAGGAGGAGGAUGCUGAUGAUUUGGAUGAACCAGCUCAAAUUAGGAUGCAAGCUGCUCUGCAUUCACCUGCGAUUGAGUCUAUGCAAAACAAGCAGAAUGCCCCAUUGCUGAACUGUGGUGAAGGAAACCAUAAGGAUUCGCAGGCAAAGUUGGAGUCUUCCUCGCAUGCAGGGCAAGAACCAGAGGGGGAUCCUGAUCUUGACCUUGACCCAGAUGGUGACCUUGAGGGCGAUCCCCAUGGAGAUUCCUAUCCCUGUCAGUACUGUGAGCGCCACUUCUCCACCAGGCAGGGUCUGGAACGCCACAAUCACAUUCAUGCCAUCUCUAACCAGCAGACACAACUGUUCAAGUGCCGGUACUGCAGUAAAUCCUUCGGUUCACAGGUGGGGCGGCGGCGGCAUGAGAGAAGGCAUGAGAGUGGGCCAAAGAAAAGGCCUGGCUCUCUGGCUGGGACUGCCAGUCUACUCAGUCCUGUGGUCCAGACCGACGGUUCAAGUCCUGACUACACCAGCCCAACUAGUCACUAUAUAGCCAUAGGGUCCCAGUUUACUGGAGGACUGCACAACUCUGACCUGCAGAGAAAGGAGUUGGGACCUCAUGGUGACCGUCCAUUUAUAUUGGAUGAAAAUGGGGAGUCUAAAGAACUCCAUCCCUGCAAGUACUGUAAUAAAGCAUUUGGCACACACACCAACAUGCGCCGACACCAACGCAGAAUACACGAACGGCACUUGUUACCAAAGGGAGUUCGCAGGAAAGGCAUGCUGCUGCAAGAGGCGUCAGCGCAGCAACAGCCCAAUGAAUCCCCCAGCACCAGCCCUCCGCCCGUUUACGUGCCCAGUGCGGACACAGAAGAUGAGGCAGACAGGGACGAUUACGCAGUUGACAUAUCAAAAAACAUCUCUGAGAAUUUGAGCUUCUACAUUGACGGCAAGAUUGUGUCCACCAGUUCGGUGAGCACCUGUGAGGUGAUAGAGGUGGACUCCAGAUCUGCAGCUCUGUUUGGUCUGGACACUGUAAUCAUCAGCCCAAAUCAGAUCAGUCAGGCGCUGAAGGCAGAGGGUAGGGCAAGUACCGUAAAGCAAGUCUCCAACAUCGGUCAGCCAGCCGCAAAAAGAAGAACAUCUACACCCCCACUUGUUCCCGGCCUUAAAGUGGAGACAGAAACCUCAUCUUUCACAGCCUCUUCAUCGUCUUCAUCAUCCUCUACAUCUUCCUCCUCUAACUUGUUAUUAGGAGGACUGUUGCAACAAGCUGCAGAUUCAUCAGCGUUUCAACGAGAGAAAACCGUUUACCUCUCACCUAAGCUCAAACAGCUCCUUCAGACUCAAGACAUUCAGAAAUCAACCAUCACCCUGAUCACAGAGAGCCACAGGCUGGCCUCCCCGCUGUCUGUCACGCCGCUGCCGGGGGCUUCAGGCAGGUUUAAACGAAGAACAGCCUCUCCGCCGUCAUCACCACAGCUCAGCCCUGCAUGUAAAACGGAGAGCUGUAAAGCUGAGGUGGUGAGCUCAUACACCCUUAAAGUGCCAAAGCUGGAAAGCCGCAGCGUGUCACCUCCUGGGAGCCUACUGGACAAGGAAGAUGGAGACGGCCUUCCUGGAAAUGUGCAUGGCCAGACUUCUUCUAGUAGUGGUGGAAAUUCCUGUAAUCAGCAGCCCUUGGAUCUGUCAAACUCCCUCUGUAGGAGCAAUGACAGCGUGAGCAAGGUGCUUGGAGAUUCAGCACUGGAUUUAAGCCUCCAUCGGAAGAGCAAUGUUGAUCCUGAGUCAAAGGGAAGUCCAGCACCACAGCCACUGAUAAAAAAGAGAAAGCCUAACACUAGCAUGCUUGAAAAGGUGCUGAUGAAUGAGUACGUAGCUCCAACUUUGUCAGGUGAGGAAGGCCCCUCGGCCUUAGCGACCCUAAAUUGUUUUCAAUCUCGCUCUCCAAACGUUGCGUCAGAGUCUGCUCACCCCUCUCCACCCCCUUUGACUCCUGUCACCAUGAACCCAUCUUCCCCCAGUUCCUCAAGCGUGACAUCCCCAACACCGCCUCCCCCUGUACUACCUACCAUACCCUCUCCGCCGACAAUGCCUAGCUCUCCUAUUUCUCAGCCUUCAGACUGCUCUGCACUGAGACCUCUUCCUGUCCUCUCGCCAAAAAUGUCUCCAAGGUCAGUUGAACCCAAGCCCCUGUCGGACUCUGAGGAGGUUUUGUCAGCUGAACAAAACAAAGAAGAGGAAGAGAACCUCAUCCCUGAGCCACUGGACUCCCCGAAGACUCCACAUAAAGAUCCCCUUAAUUUUUCAGCAACAUCAGGCCCUCCGGAGCCGACAUCUCUAGAUCUGCCCACUACAGACGAUGUUUCUCAGACUACAACUUGCAGCAGUCUGCUAAACAGCAAAAUUAACCAAAAUCUCAACCCAGUAACAGAGAAAUCUCUUGCUGCUCUCUCAUCCCAGCCAGAAACGUCGUCCCCUCCUCCUUCAUCACAUGAUCCGUCCCCAUCACUAGUUUCACAAUCCCUCCCUCUGAUUAAGAUAAAAGAAGAGCCUCAGCACUGCGUAGAUGAACUAUCAGUUAUGAAUCAUGCACCUCAGGAUGCUGAUGACUCUUCACCUCAGCCUGCUACUCCUGUUAAACUGUCUAAUAAAACCUCUGAGGGGGAGGAAGUCGACUCGACAUACUGCAAGACGUUUGUGUGUAAUGUCUGUGAGGAGCCGUUCAACUCAAUCAAAGAGCUCAGUGGACACAUCGCAGAGCAUGCUGUGGAUUGGCCCUUCAAGUGUGAAUUCUGUGUGCAGCUGUUCGGUGACGCUCCGGCCCUGCUGGCUCACCGGACAGCGCUACAUGGAGUGGGCAGGAUCUUUGUGUGCUCGGUUUGUUCCAAGGAGUUUGCAUUUCUCUGUAACCUCCAGCAGCACCAAAAAGACCUGCAUCCAAACGAGACAUGUUCACAUACCGCCGUAGAGAGUGGCAAACUUAGGCCACAAAACUACACUGAUCCGUCUAGAGCCAAAGAGGAAAGCAGUCCCUUAACACCAGCACCAGAGACUACUGAUGAAGCAUCUCUACAAAAUGACUCUGAUUUAGCAAAAGAAGAUCCUGACAUUAAUGGUAAUCAUGCAGAGGACUGCGCCGAGGACCCUAAUGAGGAGCUGUACACUACAAUAAAGAUCAUGGCCUCGGAAGGAGGGAAGGCUAAAGGCCCAGAUGUCCGUCUUGGCAUUAAUCAACACUACCCCAGUUUUAAACCACCCCCUUUUCCUUAUCAUAGCCGUUCCCAUGCCGGCUCUGUGGCUUCAGCUACUAACUUUACCACCCACAACAUACCGCAAACGUUCAGCACUGCCAUUCGCUGCACCAAGUGUGGCAACAGCUUUGACAACAUGCCCGAACUGCACAAGCACAUUUUGGUGUGUGCCAAUGCUAGUGAUAAGAAGCGUUACACUCCCAAGAAAAACCCCAUCCCCCUCAAGCAAAUAGUCAAGAGUCCGAAUGGAGUCGUGUCUCCCUCAGCUGCCAUCGCAGGCCAGAGUGCUUUCCGUAGAAUGGGUCAGCCAAAGAGACUUAACUUUAAUCAAGAUACUGGUAAAAUGAAAAUGAGUGCCCUCAGUAAGAAGAAAAACCAGCUUGUCCAGAAGGCAAUUUCACAGAAAAAUAAAGCUGCCACUAUUGCGAAGAAGGCUACCGUUAAAGUUGAAGAAGAGCAGGCCUCUAACGUCUGCCCCCACUGCAGUCGGGAGUUUACUUAUCCUGCAAGUCUCAGUAAACAUAUGGCAGUUAGCUGUCCCAUGAAGCCUAUUGUUAAAAAGGGCAAAAAAGGUCAGGCUGAGGUGAAAAAAGAGGCGGUGUCAGUGGUAGAUAAAAACAUGAAUCUUAGGAAGAAAGCUUCAGACUACGAAAUACAGCAGACGGAGCCAGAGCCUAAACCCCUGGGAAAGACUAGGACUCGUAGCUCUGGCGUAGCAGACCUUGAACCCUCCCAUGCAAGCAAAGGAAAAACUGCUGCUGUGGUGGGCCGGCUAAAGAGGCCUGCCUCAUUCCCAGCACAAGUCCCUGCUAGCAAAAAAACUAAGAAGGGCCAAUUUCAGUCUCUACCUCCGACCCCAUCAGCCUCGGACACAACCAGUGACUCUGCAAUACAACGGCCAGCCAUGAGAAUGCAGCGUGUGGGCAAAGAGGCAGCACCCAAGAGAUUAGCAGAGGCCAAAUCACCACCACUACCACAACAGCUGAAGAAGGAGGAGCGGUUCUCCCUUCGAACAAGGGACAGAGUAGGUGGUCCAGUCACCAGGAGCUUACAAAUGGCCAACACAGCUCCUUCUGCUGAGGUGAAAACUGAGGAACCACUAAUUCAAGAGCCAAAAGAGACUCAGGAGGAGGUGCUGAUGAAGUGAGCUAUGUGGACAUUGUUGAGCUCUUCCUGGGAACACGGUGCUCUCACCUCUCAGGCAACGCUCUGGACUAAUCAAGGCACUGACGGCACUGAGGUUGACCGUAUUUUUUUUUUUUGUGGUGGGCUUAUUCACUGUAAACAAGUGAAGUCUGCUUAUCUCAACUGCCUUUGCUGGAUUUAAGGAGGGAACUCUCUUUAUCCUACAUCUGUCUUUAUGAACUGAGCCUCGAUUUUAUCCAGCCUUGCAAAAACAAAAUCUGGGGGGAAAAAAACCAACAACCUGUAAAUGACACACACACACACACACACACACACACACACACACACACACACACACACACACACACACACACACACACACACACCCCGUGUCAUUACUUGACCCAAAACAGUAUAAAACAUUAGGGCUCCGUUAUGUUGGGAAGCUGAUAUAUUGCAAAUGGCAAUCAUGUAUCAGUUAGGGUUUGGGAAACUUGUUUAUCCUUUCGUUCUGUAUUUUCCCCAUUUGGUUGUUUAGAUUUUUGGAUGUUUCAAGAGUCUCUUAAUGCAUGUGCUAAAUAGAAUAUAAACUAGAUUAAGCCAAUUUCCAUGUCUCUCCCAACGGGCACCUACUUCAGUUUAUACAUGAUUUGCAGAGUAUGUAUGGUUUGAUUUAAAUUUCUGUAGUCAUUAUAUUGUAGAAUAUAUCCUUUUGGAAUAUUUUUGUUUCGGAAACAAAAAUGAAAAUGGCAGUGGUUUACUGCAACAAUUGGUCCUCAGGAACACUAUAUGUGUGUGGUAAGUAUGUGUAUGGUUAUGGUUGGAUGUGCAGCCUGACAGCUAUUUUAAUUUUUUUUGGUCUAAAUCUCAAGUAUGUUCAUGUUUUGUUUUUGUUUUUUUGUUUUUUUCUUGCUUCCUCAGACUCUUUUGUUUAUCUGAAGUUAGCAGGUAAUUCCAGUUGUAAAAUGAUGGGAAGUAUGCUAUUUUGUAGUCUCCUUUUAAAAUAAUGUCCGUCUGGGAAAGAAUUUUUAGUAUCACUCAUUCAGCCCGAUAUUCUUACAGCACUUUAAAAGAAAGUGUCAACAUUUGUAGCUGGAUCAGUAAGAGUGGCUUAAUUAAACGGUGAAUAAUUGAAUGUAUUCAUGUCUGUUGCACUUUGCAGACACUGGUAAAUUGAUCCAAAUCAGUCAUCUAAUCUCAUAUAUUACUUUUUCAUCCUUUCUGCCAAGAAAUCUCUAAAUUGGUUGUCUCCGUUUGAGGAAUUUGACAUACUCGACACAUGAACUAACUUUUAAAUGCCAAAAUGCAUAAUAACUCAAAUCCUAAAAUACGUUGAAUGCAGCAGUGUUUUGUAUAUUUUUGUCCGUUUUAAGUGGACGUGGGAGAGGUUGUUUCAUGUGUCGUUUUUCUUUCGAGCCAUGCCACAGUACCUGAAAGAUUCUUCUAAAGGCAAAGUCAUAUUUGUUCCUGUGAGUUGAUCUAUUUGGUAAGACUACCAAAUUAUUUUUAGUUUAACCUGCCCUGUGCUCACCCCACUUUCUCACUCUUGACCAUAUCCAGUUGUACCACAGAGAUAGCAGACGCACAGGCAGUGCUUCAACGCUUGUAGCAAGUUAUGGGAAAAGUAAAUUUAAAGAGAUGAUUUGAAGCUUAAUUUAUAUUUCCAUGAGAAAUCUUCAUGUUUUUGCCUUUCAGCGUUAAGAUUAUGUAUUUAAAGGAUGAACAAAGACAAAAAUCCCGAAUGACCUCAAGUAAAACAUUGCUGUAAUUGACAUAAUAAAAAAAACGUUUUUCAA